AUGAAGUUCUCAACUGUCAUCCUUGCCGUCGCUACUUUCGCCACUGCGGCCUUUGCCCAGAUCGACCAGUUCCCAUCUUGCGGUCAAACCUGCUUGAUUAGCAACAUCGGAUCUGCUGGCUGCACUGGUAUUGAUAUCCCAUGUAUUUGCAACUCCAAGCCAUUCUUCGAGAAGGUCGUCCCUUGCAUCGAGUCUAGCUGCACUUCCCAAGCCGACAAGGACAAGUCCACCGCUGCUGCCCUCGGUUUGUGCAAAGCAUCCAACCCCAACGUCGGUGACUGGCUUCCAAAGCCUCCAACCACCACUCAGCCACCAGCCACCACCGCUCCACCGGCUACCACUGCUCCACCAGCUACUACCGGCAAGCCAUCUCCAUGCAAGCCAAAGUUGAGAUUCGCUCGCUACUUGUAA